CCAAGCCCAAGCCCAUCAUGGAGGAGGACGAGGAAGACAAGGAUUUGGAGAAUGAAGGGUCUUUGAGGAGAAGAAGAAGCAAAAGGGGCGGAAGUAGUGGUGGUGCGGCGAAUAGUAGAAGAGUGGAGGAGGAAGAAGAGGCUCCUCCUCCUGUGCCACCUCCAUUGAAACAACAUCACCAACAGCGAGAGGCAACAACUGAGAGGGACCAUGUGAUUCAUCAUCAUACCAUGUCACAGCCACAACAGCAGAGUGCUGCUUGGGAGUACUUCUUUCCAUCCAUGGAGAACAUUGCAGGGACCACCUUGAAUGAGGAUGAAGAAGGGCAUCACCACCACUUGGAGAAGGAGGAGGAUAUUCAAAGGAAGCUGUUUGAGGAGAAGCAAAGUAAGGUGGAGGCUGUUGCAGAAGAAGUUCUCAGGAAUGAGAGGGAUGAGGAGGAGGAGGAGGUUCCUGCGGUAACUGAAGAGCAUGAGCCCGAGCCUGAGCCAGUGCCUCCCCCAGAGGAAGUGAUGAUGGAGACUCCAGUACAGAAAGGAUUUAUGGCUAAGCAGAUGCCUCUGCAGAUAUUUGCUGAACUUGAUGAAGAGUUCCUCAAAGCUUCCGAGAGUGCUCAUGAGGUUACAAAGAUGCUUGAGGCCACUCGGCUCCAUUAUCACUCCAAUUUUGCUGAUAAUAAAGGGCACAUUAAUCACUCUGAAAAGGUCAUGCGAGUUAUUACAUGGAAUAGAUCCUUUAAAGGAAUGCCUAAUAAUGUGGAUGAUGGGAAGGAUGAUUCUGACUCAGAUGAGCAAGAUACCCAUGCUGCUGUAUUGGACAAAUUGCUAGCAUGGGAAAAGAAACUUUAUGAUGAAGUAAAGGCUGGUGAACUUAUGAAAUUUGAGUACCAAAAGAAGGUCGCUUCACUAAACAAGCUAAAGAAAAGAGGUACCAACUCUGAUGCAUUAGAGAAAGCAAAAGCAGCAGUCAGUCAUUUGCAUACAAGAUACAUUGUAGAUAUGCAGUCCUUGGAUUCUACAGUCUCAGAGAUUAACCGUUUACGUGAUGAGCAAUUGUAUCCAAAGCUUGUUGAGCUUGUUGAUGGGUGAUUUCGUGUUCAUAAUCUUAUGUGGAAAGUCAUGCUAGGUCGCCAUGAGAAGCAAUCAAGCUUUAUGAUGUCGCUGAAAUCCUUGGACAUUUCCCAGUCUCCUACGGACACAAGUGAACACCAUCAUGACCGAACAGGCCAAUUGUUGGUUGUCGCGCAUCAGUGGCAUUCACAUUUUGAGAUGCUAGUUGACAAUAAAAAGAAAUACAUAAAGGCCUUAAACAAUUGGUUAAAAUUAAAUCUUAUCCCUAUCGAGAGCAGUUUGAAGGAAAAGGUUUCUUCUCCCCCAAGAGUUAGGAGUCCACCCAUUCAAGGGCUUCUCCAUGCAUGGCAGGAGCGACUAGAGAGGCUUCCCGAUGAGCUUGCCAAGACGGCUAUAGGCAACUUUGCUGCUGUGAUGGAUACUAUUUAUAACAUGCAACAAGACGAGAUGGGUUUGAAGAGAAAAUGUGAGGAUACAAGAAAGGAGCUUGCCCGGAAAACGCGGCAAUUCGAAGAUUGGCAUAACAAGUAUAUGCAAAAGAAAAUACCAGAUGAAUUUGAUCCUGAAAAUGCAGAAGGUAGUCAUGGCCCGGACGAACUUGUUGCAGAGAAGCAGUUCUUGGUUGAACAAAUUAAGAAGAGGCUGGAAGAAGAGGAAGAAGCCUAUGCAACUCAAUGCCACCAAGUGAGGCAAAAGACCUUGGCAAGUCUCAGGAAUCGUAUGCCAGAGCUCUUUAGGGCUAUGCAAGAUUUUUCCCUUGAGUGUUCCAAAAUGUACAGUGAAUUAAGGUCAAUAUCGCACAGCUUAGGCCAGAGCUCAACAUGAGGGUUGGUUUGUGUCUUUUUUCCCUUUUUUUUUUAAUUUAUUCGGGUAAAGUAUAUGUUUAUUGGUUGUUAUAUAAUGUUCUCUUGAUUCGGGAUGAAUGUUGAAUAUUUAAAGUAAGCUGUAA